AUGCCAACAGUCCAACAAAUCGCUUCUAAAGACAUUUAUCACGGCCUUCCUGUUUUCCCAGAAACGACCAAUGGCCUCAGUGCAAUUGUCGUCGGAGCCACUGGCAUUUCAGGUGAUCAUAUGCUUCGUGUGCUUUGCGAGAACCCUGGUAGAUGGAGCAAGAUCUAUGCUAUGUCAAGACGUCCUCCAACUGGGCAGUGGCAAGAAAACGUCACUCAUAUCCCUAUAGAUCUCUCACAGUCGCCAAGCGACUUAGCCAGCCUGAUGAUCGAACGCAAACUGAAGGCGGAUUAUAUCUUCUUCUUCGCAUAUAUUCAGCCAAAACCUAAGGAGGAAGGUGGCAAUAUAUGGAGUGCAGCAAAUGAACUUGUUGCUAUAAACACUGGUCUAUUAAGCAACUUCCUUGAGAGCUUAGUACUUGCAAAAGUCCUUCCAAAACGAAUCCUCCUCCAGCUAGGCGCUAAAUAUUAUGGAGGCCAUCAAGGACCGAUAUCCGUACCCCAAGAAGAGACUGACCCUCGAAUAUUUCUGGAGCCCAACUUUUAUUACUCCCAGGAAGAUCUCCUAAAAAAGUUCUGCGAGACUCAUGGCAUUGGCUGGAAUACAACCCGACCGUCUUGGAUCCCCGGAGCUGUUCAAGAUGCCGCGAUGAAUAUCUGUCUGCCUCUUGCCAUAUAUGCUACAGUUCAAAAACACCUGGGAAGGUCCUUAGAUUACCCCUCCGACGUGCAGGCUUGGGAGACAAAUCAAAGCAUGUCGUCUGCGCAGCUGAAUUCCUACUUUUAUGAGUGGGCCAUCUUAUCACCUAAUACCAGAAACGAAAGCUUUAAUGUUACCGACGGCUGCGCAUUUACAUUUGGAAAAUUCUGGCCAAAGCUAGCCGACAGAUUUGGUAUUCCUUGGACAGGGCCAUCUGCGGACGAUCACGCAUAUGUGGUUACAGAAUUUGGGCAUAAUCCACCCCCUCGGGGGUUUGGACCUGUUGGAAAGGUUCGAGCACGAUUUACAUUUACUGAAUGGGCUAAAGAAAAUGAAGUACAGAACGCGUGGAAAGAGAUUUCAAAUCAGUACAAUUUAGUCAAUGCGGCACUGGGACUUGCGGACGUGGAGCGCGUUUUUGGCUUUCUUGAUAUGGCUGUGCUCUCGUCCUGGCCAUCUCAUUUGAGUAUGUCCAAAUCGCGCAAGGCUGGUUUCUUCGGAUUUGUGGAUAGCACAGAGUCUAUCUUUAAGAUUUUCCAAGAAUUUGUGGACUUGCAAAUGAUCCCACCACUGCCCCAGAUAUGA